UGGGAGCACCCAGCGCACAGGCCUGUAGCCGCGGUGCUGGCGGAUUCCCGGCGCUGCAGAACGCCGCGCCGCCAGCAGGAGCGCCCGGGGCUGGUGGGAGAACGCCCCGGGGAGCCCGCGCUGCCCCGUGCGAACCUGAUGACACCUGCUUUGUGUACUCCAGGCAACUGAGGGACCUAGAGAGCUCAGAUGGCUGUCUAAAGGCUGCGGGUGAUAACGGAACCAGAGAAAGCUAGAACAUUUCAUUUCUCCGCGGGACUGAGAUCUUGCUCUUCCAAAUUGCAGGAGUCCAAGUAGAGGUCACCAGGGGCAAGCAAGAAUGGCUGAGGUCUGGGAAGGUGGUCAUCCUUUCUGAGCCCUGGAAAAUCUCCUUGACAUUUUUCACACUUUGAAGCAGCUGCAGCUGGUGUCGUCGGAAAAGGGGGUGGGAGGAAAGAGAGGGGGCGGGGAGAGUGGGGAGUCACAGGCGCGAGCCAGGAGCAGCGCCUCGUCUGCCAAUCCUGGCACCUGUGCGCCAAGCCGCGGCACCGCGGAAGACCCCGCUCUGGGCCAACCCCGGGCUCCGAGCCACGGCCACCCAGCCUCUGGGCCAGCGCGACCUGCAACCGCCCACCCAGGACCCCCGCCGCCACCCGCAGUUGCGGGAGCGGAGGAGCCGGGCCACUGCCUGCUGCGCCCCUGGCCACGGGGUCCCUCGCCUCUUGAGAGGCGUCGCGGCCGUCCGGGGCAGCAACCGAGUUGGGUACACGAUUCGCCCGCGCUGCCGUUCUCUUCUCCACCCAGGAUUUAUUGUCUGUGGAGCCUUCUGGGGGCGGGGAGGGAGCUGCGCCUCCGCCGCCGCCGCCGCCACUGCUGCUGCUACGGUCGCUAGCGCGGCGCUCUGGGCGGGCGGAGGCCGGGGACUGGCCGCAGUGGUGUUCCGGGCGGGCUCCUGGUUCCCCGGGGGCACCUCUCCAUCCCUGCACCUGAAGGGCAGUGGCACCAUGGUCUGACACGGCAUCUGCCCGGAGUCCCCUCUGCCUUUGCUUUCGGAGGACUUCCCUACUGGCUUCACUGCGGACCCCAGAGCACUUUAAGGAGUAACCCUCAGCAGCUGCAAGGCCUUCGCUCUCUGGACCCUCAUGGGUAGUUUCUGCUUCCGGCGAUGAUGGAGAGCCUAAUACGGGGAAGGAAUCCCCCACAAUAUCAGAGAAGUCCUUGUAAGGAGGCCCGUGCAGCACUUCGGAAGAGGCCUGAAGAAGAGUUGCAGUGCCUGGAAAUGACCACCAAACGGAAGCUCAUCGGCCGCCUGGUGCCAUGCCGCUGCUUCCGUGGCGAGGAAGAGAUCAUCUCGGUGUUGGAUUACUCCCACUGCAGCCUGCAACAGGUGCCCAAGGAGGUCUUCAACUUCGAACGCACACUAGAAGAGCUCUAUCUAGAUGCCAAUCAGAUUGAGGAGCUGCCCAAGCAAUUGUUCAACUGUCAAGCUCUAAGGAAACUAAGCAUUCCUGAUAAUGACCUCUCAAGUCUGCCGACCUCCAUUGCUAGCCUAGUUAAUCUGAAAGAACUCGACAUCAGUAAAAACGGUGUACAAGAAUUUCCAGAAAACAUAAAGUGCUGUAAGUGUUUAACCAUUAUUGAAGCCAGUGUCAAUCCCAUUUCUAAACUACCCGAUGGCUUCACGCAGCUUCUUAACCUGACCCAGCUCUACCUGAAUGACGCCUUCCUCGAAUUUCUUCCAGCUAAUUUUGGAAGACUUGUCAAAUUGCGAAUCUUGGAGUUAAGAGAAAAUCACUUGAAAACUCUACCAAAGUCAAUGCACAAGCUGGCCCAGCUGGAAAGACUUGACCUAGGCAAUAAUGAAUUCAGCGAGCUGCCUGAAGUUCUGGAUCAAAUUCAGAAUUUGAGGGAGCUGUGGAUGGAUAACAACGCAUUGCAAGUGCUGCCUGGGUCUAUAGGGAAGUUAAAGAUGUUGGUAUACCUGGAUAUGUCAAAAAACAGGAUAGAAACGGUUGACAUGGAUAUUUCUGGAUGUGAAGCCCUCGAGGACCUCUUACUAUCAUCCAAUAUGUUGCAACAGCUGCCGGACUCUAUAGGAUUGCUGAAAAAGUUAACAACUCUAAAAGUAGAUGACAAUCAACUUACAAUGCUACCCAACACAAUCGGAAACUUGUCUUUAUUAGAAGAAUUCGACUGCAGUUGCAAUGAGCUGGAGUCCCUCCCUCCCACCAUUGGUUACCUGCACAGCCUGCGAACCUUAGCUGUGGACGAGAAUUUCCUCCCAGAGUUGCCCAGAGAAAUUGGAAGCUGUAAGAACGUCACCGUUAUGUCUCUACGCUCCAAUAAGCUAGAAUUUCUUCCUGAAGAAAUCGGGCAGAUGCAGAGACUUCGAGUCUUAAAUCUAAGUGAUAAUAGGUUGAAGAACUUGCCAUUCUCCUUCACCAAACUCAAAGAGCUUGCAGCAUUGUGGCUUUCUGACAAUCAGUCCAAGGCCCUCAUCCCUCUGCAAACAGAAGCCCAUCCAGAAACCAAGCAAAGGGUACUGACCAACUACAUGUUUCCCCAGCAGCCCCGUGGUGAUGAAGAUUUCCAGUCAGACAGCGACAGCUUCAACCCCACCCUGUGGGAGGAGCAGAGACAACAGCGCAUGACUGUUGCCUUUGAAUUUGAGGAUAAAAAAGAAGAUGACGAAAGUGCUGGGAAAGUUAAGGCUCUCUCCUGCCAAGCCCCCUGGGACAGGGGCCAGCGUGGGAUUACUCUCCAACCUGCCAGGCUGUCUGGCGAUUGCUGCACACCAUGGGCCAGGUGUGAUCAGCAGAUCCAAGAUAUGCCCGUCCCCCAGAGUGACCCCCAGCUGGCAUGGGGUUGUAUAAGUGGCCUCCAGCAGGAGAGGAGCAUGUGUGCUCCAUUACCAGUGGCAGCCCAAUCCACCACUCUUCCCUCUCUAAGUGGCAGACAGGUUGAAAUAAACCUAAAACGAUAUCCAACUCCUUACCCGGAGGAUUUAAAGAACAUGGUAAAAUCUGUUCAAAAUCUGGUGGGUAAGCCAAGCCAUGGAGUGCGCGUUGAGAACGCAAACCCAACAGCUAACACGGAGCAAACUGUGAAAGAAAAGUUUGAACACAAGUGGCCGGUGGCCCCAAAGGAGAUUACAGUGGAGGAUUCUUUUGUUCAUCCAGCUAAUGAAAUGAGGAUUGGGGAACUUCACCCUUCAUUAGCUGAGACCCCUCUGUACCCACCCAAACUUGUUCUGCUAGGGAAGGACAAAAAAGAAUCAACUGAUGAGUCUGAAGUUGACAAAACUCACUGUCUGAAUAACAGUGUCUCCUCAGGCACCUACUCAGACUACUCGCCCUCCCAGGCUUCCUCAGCAUCCUCCAACACCCGGGUGAAAGUGGGGUCCUUGCAGCCAACAACUAAAGAUGCCGUGCAUAACUCUUUGUGGGGUAACAGGAUUGCACCACCUUUCCCACAGCCUCUAGAUGCAAAGCCAUUACUCAGCCAACGGGAGGCUGUCCCUCCAGGGAACCUCCCCCAGCGUCCUGAUCGGCUGCCAAUGAGUGAUGCUUUCCCUGACAACUGGACCGAUGGCUCCCAUUACGAUAACACAGGUUUUGUCUCCGAGGAAGCCACAGGCGAGAAUGCCAACAAUAACCCUCUCUUAAGCUCCAAGGCUAGAAGCAUACCUGCUCAUGGGCGCAGGCCUUUAAUCAGGCAAGAAAGGAUUGUCGGUGUUCCCCUGGAACUGGAGCAGUCCACACACAGACACACACCAGAAACAGAAGUGCCUCCUUCCAAUCCCUGGCAGAAUUGGACCAGAACCCCUAGUCCAUUUGAGGACAGGACUGCUUUUCCCUCCAAAUUAGAAACAACCCCUACUACCAGUCCCUUGCCUGAAAGAAAAGACCACAUGAAGGAGCCUACAGAGACACCAGGUCCCUUUUCUCCAGGAGUGCCAUGGGAGUACCAUGACCCCACCCCCAACCGGAGUCUCGGUAAUGUCUUUUCUCAAAUCCACUGCCGCCCAGAUUCGUCUAAAGGUGUUAUUGCAAUUAGCAAAAGCACGGAGAGGCUUUCCCCGCUCAUGAAAGAUAUAAAGUCCAACAAGUUCAAAAAGUCCCAGAGUAUUGACGAGAUUGACGUCGGUACCUACAAGGUCUAUAACAUUCCACUGGAAAACUAUGCUUCUGGAAGCGAUCACUUAGGAAGCCACGAGCGGCCAGACAAGUUCUUGGGACCAGAGCACGGCAUGUCCAGUAUGUCCAGGAGCCAGUCGGUACCCAUGCUGGAUGACGAGAUGCUCAUGUACGGAAGUAGUAAAGGCCCACCCCAACAAAAAGCAUCUAUGACUAAGAAGGUCUAUCAGUUUGACCAAAGCUUCAAUCCACAAGGAGCGGUGGAAGUAAAAGCAGAGAAGAGGAUCCCACCCCCUUUUGCACACAAUUCUGAGUAUGUACAACAGCCGGGUAAAAACAUCGCCAAGGAUCUCGUCAGCCCCAGAGCCUAUAGAGGAUACCCACCCAUGGAGCAGAUGUUCUCCUUUUCCCAACCAUCUGUAAAUGAGGAUGCCAUGGUGAAUGCUCAGUUCGCCAGCCAGGGGCCCAGGGCAGGCUUCCUAAGGAGGGCUGACUCCCUGGCCAGCUCCACAGAGAUGGCCAUGUUCAGAAGGGUCAGUGAGCCCCACGAGCUGCCCCCUGGUGACAGGUAUGGCCGAGCAGCCUAUAGGGGAGGGCUGGAAGGCCAGAGCAGCGUUUCAAUGACUGAUCCCCAAUUCCUCAAGAGGAAUGGCAGGUACGAAGAUGAGCACCCUUCAUGCCAAGAAGUGAAAGCGCAGGCGGGAAGUUUUCCUGCUAAAAACCUUACCCAGAGGAGGCCACUUUCUGCCAGGAGCUACAGCACAGAGAGUUACGGGGCCUCCCAAACCAGGCCAGUUUCAGCUAGGCCUACCAUGGCAGCCCUCCUGGAAAAAAUACCAUCUGACUAUAACUUGGGUAACUAUGGUGACAAGACAUCAGAUAACAGUGAUAUAAAGACAAGGCCCACCCCUGUGAAGGGAGAGGAGAGCUGUGGCAAAAUGCCGGCAGACUGGAGACAGCAGCUGCUUAGACAUAUAGAAGCUAGAAGGUUAGACAGGAACGCUGCUUACAAACACAACACAGUUAACCUUGGCAUGCUGCCCUAUGGAGGUAUUUCAGCAAUGCAUGCAGGCAGAAGCAUGACUUUAAACUUGCAGACUAAGUCUAAAUUUGACCUUCAAGACCUACCUCUUCAGAAAACCCCGUCCCAGCAAAGCAACAUUUUAGACAAUGGACAAGAAGAUGUCUCUCCUAGUGGCCAAUGGAAUCCUUACCCACUUGGGAGGCGGGAUGUACCUCCGGACACCAUUACUAAAAAGGCAGGCAGCCACAUUCAGACCCUGAUGGGGUCACAGAGCCUUCAGCACCGCAGCCGGGAGCAGCAGCCAUAUGAAGGGAACAUCAACAAAGUGACCAUUCAGCAGUUCCAGUCGCCACUGCCCAUCCAGAUCCCCUCAUCACAGGCCACCCGGGGACCUCAGCCUGGACGGUGCUUAAUUCAAACGAAAGGGCAGAGGAGUAUGGACGGUUAUCCCGAGCAGUUCUGUGUGAGAAUAGAAAAGAACCCUGGGCUUGGAUUUAGUAUCAGCGGUGGAAUUAGUGGGCAAGGAAAUCCUUUCAAACCUUCCGACAAGGGUAUCUUUGUUACUAGGGUUCAGCCUGACGGACCAGCAUCCAACCUUCUACAGCCCGGGGAUAAAAUCCUUCAGGCAAAUGGACACAGUUUUGUGCACAUGGAACACGAAAAAGCUGUUUUACUACUGAAGAGCUUCCAGAACACAGUAGACCUAGUUAUUCAACGUGAGCUCACUGUCUAAAUGUUUUUAUAAAUAGUGAAGAUAUGUCAGGCCAGAGAUAAUGUUGAAAAAUAAAUUUAUACAUAGAAACAAAUUUUGCCAGUUGCUGGACCAAUGGCAAACAUCAGUGCCAGGUGUAUAAUAUUGUACGUUAGCCUUGACCACCCUGGAAAAUGUUACUUAUAAUCACGGCGUUUGCGCGGUUCUGUAUCAGUUCCAGCGGCAGCCUCUGGCUGUGCAUUGGUGCGGUUUUGUUUCUGUUUUUGUUUUUGUUUUUGUUUUUUAAAUCAAAUAAGUUGUCUUCUCAAAGUGGAUUUCCUAUCAUUUCGGAGCACGGAAGCACACACAAGCUCUUUACAAGUUAUGCUCUCCAUCAGAGAUACUGCCUCAAAAAAAAUUGUAUAUAAAGAGUUGUAACCCCAUAAAGUAUUUCUAGCACAAGGUAUAUGUUGGCAUAUAUACAAAAAAAAAGAAUAUAGAAAAACGAUAUUUUCGUAAACAUCUUGGAUCGAGAAAGAAAAUAUAUCUUAAAAAUAAGACUUUACUAUAUUGAAUCUUUUUCAAUAAAAAAAAUUACAUGAUUA